AUGUCGGAAGGCAAGGACUCUGGUGGUGAAGACGUGUUCUCCAAAGGCAUCGAAAAACACAGAACAAGCCUGCCCUCCCGUAUGUUCUCCAGAAAUGACUUCAGUAUAUGGAGCAGCCUGAGAAAAUGUAUCAGAAUGGAACUCUCCAAGAUGACCAUGCCAGUUAUAUUUAAUGAGCCUUUGAGCUUCCUCCAGCGACUCACUGAAUACAUGGAGCAUGCAUACCUCAUCCACAAGGCCAGUUCGUUUGCAGAUCCUGUGGAAAGGAUGCAGUGGGUAGCUGCCUUUGCUGUCUCUGCUGUUGCUUCUCAGUGGGAACGCACUGGAAAGCUUUUCAGCCCACUUCUGGGAGAGACUUAUGAAUUAGUUCUAGAUGACCUUGGUUUCAGACUCAUCUCUGAGCAUGUCAGCCAUCACCCACCCAUUAGUGCAUUUCAUGCUGAAGGAUUAAACAAUGAUUUCAUCUUUCAUGGCUCAAUCAAUCCCAAACUGAAGUUCUGGGGGAAAAGCAUAGAAGCAGAACCCUAA